GCUGUACUUGGCUGUUUUGCUGGCGGGGACUCGCACGGCCGGGAACUGUGUGCGCGUCCUCGCAGCACUGUGAGCUCUGGUUCGGAAGUGCCCCACCCACUGCCCAGUUUCACCCCCUAUGUGGACGAGUCAGCUCAGCCACAAAUGAUUUGUUCAGCAGAUCGUAGUCAGAAAAGUGCCCGUCAGCCUCUCUCUGUUCUUAAUCCUGUGGAUUCUCUGAGUGCCAAGGAAAGUGCAGCAGCAGCCUGUGAUGAGCUGAAUGGAAUUGAACGUUUGAGUGAGGAUGCAAUUGUGACAGGCUCCUACAAGAACAAGACCCUUUGUGCCAACCCAGAGGACACGUGUGACUUUAACAGGGCUGCCCACCUGGCCUCAACGCCCUUUCACGGGGUGGUAGCUCAGAGAGUCCCAGCUCCUGCUUUCUCUCAGAGUGAACUGAAGGAAGAUAGUCCAGAAUCCAAGAGUGCACUUGUGAAUCAGGAGACUCCGGUGUGUGAAGGAGUAUAUUCUGAAGCAUGGAGAGUUGCAAAGGUCUGGAAUUACAAUUAAGAAGGUGGGCCGCUGGGGACAAUGGGAUCUCAAGUGUCAACCAAAGAAAAAGCUCAAGUGUCAACCGAAGAAAAAGCUAUAGUGAGUGUAUGGACCCUUAUGUUGGUCCAACGAGGGAUAAAAUGUGAUAAAAAGGCACUCCGUACUUUAUUGCAGUGGUGUAGGAACCAUGGGGUAGAUGCCACCAUAGAAGCUGCAUUUAUUAUUAAAAACUGGGAACGGGCUGGUGAAUUGAUUUUUGAUUCAGCCUCUCGUGGUGAUGAGACUGCUAAAAAUAUUAUGACUUCCUGGAGGCUGGUGCUGGAUACCUUGAAACUGCUGAAACCUGAGCAAAAUGCAAAAGCAGCAGCUGAGGCACCACCGGCACCAUGUGCCAAGACACCCGGUGAUAGUGGAGCUCAAAAGGGAGCGGUUGGGAGAGUAGGUGCCACAUCGAGUUCGCAGGUGGAAAGGACGGGCGAGAAACUAGAAGGGAAGCAGCCGUCAUCCGUGCCUCCUAUCCCUGCAACUCCGCCUGUGCCAUGUACACCUACACCCCCGUGUCCUGCACCCCUGGUUACCACAAACCCAUUCUCUCCUCCUCUGCCUAUGGAUGACUGGAGUGAUGAUAAACUUCUGCUGACAGCCCCGCCAGUGCUUGAUAGGCCCAAUCACAACCUCAGCAUGGAAACAGGAGCCGGGAGCCAAGCGGUGCUCGGUGCUGAGAGUUCCACCAGGGAGCUGCCAGCACUCGGAGUGGCAGGACACUGCAUCCCACCGUGUCCACAGCCAAAGCCUGAGAAGCCCAAGGAAGCCCCUCCAUUAACAGAUUUGUGGGAUCCUAAAAGGCGAAGCCCAAGUUGUCGCCCCCCUGCUGACCCUCAGGAGGAUGUUUUUACCAUGCAACCAGUGUCAGCUGCUAUCUCAGGAUAUGAUCGAGUUAGGUCUUGGCAGCAUUUUAAAUUGGAGGCAUUUGCUAGUGGGGAUCUCGAAAUCGCUGAACGACUUUCUGUACCAAUGCCCCGUCUGUUCUUGGGUGGCCAAGAGCCUGUGUGUGGGAUGACUGGGGCUACUAUCUCAGCAUACAAUCCAGUUAGUUUUUGGCAACAGAUGAAAUCAAUGGCAGUUGCUAGUGGAGAUUACGAAGUUGCUGAACUAAUUUCUUUACCUGCAUCGCCACUGUUCUCAAGUGGCCAAGAGCUGCAAAACAAUGGGACUGCACCCUACAUACGUGUCGCCUUUAAAAUUCUCUCCCAGCUACGCCAACUAGCCACCCAACAUGGACUGGGCUCUCCAGUCGUAGCAAGGAUGUUACGGCUUCUAGCUGAAGGUGAAAUGACACCCUUUGAUAUCAAGCAAAUAGCGAGGUUGCUCUGUAACCCGAUGCAAUACCUAAUGUUUGAGUCCACCUGGGAGCAAUAUGCGGAAAAGCAAGGGCUGCGUAAUUUAGCGCUGCCGAAGCAAGAUCCAUGCUUUGGGGCAGGGGUCCCUCAACUUCUGGGAUUGCCUCCCGUAAAUAACCCACAGUUGCAAGCACGCCUAAAUCCUUUGAUAUUGGCGCAGGCAACAGAUUUAGGAAUGCAGGCCCUGAUGGAAGUGGGAAACAUGGCAUUGGCAACACCAACUCAGAGUUUUGCAAAAAUUAAGCAGGGCCCCAAAGAGCCUUAUAUGCAAUUUAUAGAACGAUUAAAAGAUGCAAUGGAAAAGCAAAUAGUAAAUAACGAUGCAAAAAAUCUGUUGAUACUGUCAUUGGCACGAGACAAUGCAAAUGAAGACUGCAAGAAAGCUAUAGACCUAUUACAAAGAAAAAAUCCAUCCUUAGAUGAAAUGAUUGAUGCAUGUGCUGAAGUUGGAACUGUAUCCUAUAAAAUGUUUGCUGAUUUGUUAGGUGAUUCCUUGGCAGCUACUCUAAGGUCAUACCAAUGCUAUGGAUGUGGGCAACUAGGCCACAGGAAAGCAAAUUGUCCCCAUAGGUCCAACUCAUUGGGAACAUGCCAGAAACGGAGACCUGUGCCUGUAGUGGGAAACUGUUACCGAUGUGGAAAACGCGGUCAUUUUGCCAAGCAAUGCAAGUCUAAAUUCCACGCUAAUGGACAGCCUCUUAGUGGAUAGGGAAACAGGAACAAGAGCGCCUAGGGGAAGAGCUUGCAGACACAAGCACCUUCCCGUUCUUCAGUGCAGGCCUAUGUGACCGGCUCACAGGGAAAACAAGAGGAUCAGCUGUCAUGGAUGUUUCUAUCACUGACAUUAUAACUUAGAGACUCAUUAAAGGUAUAUAAAAUCCCCCUCAAGGCCCAUGGGCCUACUGGGAAAGGAUUAAGUACAUUACUAUUAGGAUGAUCAAGUGCAACGUUAAAGGGUAUUUUUGUCCACCCUGGAGUUAGAGAUGCAGACUAUACUGGACAAAUAUGUGCUAUGGUAUCAACACCUACUCCUCCUGUACCUAUUCCAGCUAAAAGUUGUAUUGUUCAACUUGUACUUUGUUCAAGUCUUGUGUUCCCAAAACAGACUCAAAGCUGCGAGAAAACUGAGACUUUGGCUUGAUGGGGGAACCUAAAGUAUACUGGACUUAGGUUGUAUCUGAUCGAAGACCAAACGUGGUUUGUACUCUUACAAUGCCUCAGGCAAAUCCAUCCCACAUCAAGGUUAGUGGGAUGAUAAAUACUGGAGCAGAUGUUACUAUCAUAUCUGCUAACACAUGGCCUCAGUCAUGGCCCACCACAGCUGUAGGAUCUGUUAUUGCUGGCCUUGGAGGUACCACACAAAGUUACUUGAGUAGUAAGCCUGUGUUAAAAAUCCAGAAGAACAGACAUCCACGACCCAUCCCUGUGUUACUGCUGUGCCACUCACCUAUGGGGAAGGGAUGUCUUGUCAGCAUGGGGAUGGGAACAGAUUUUUAACAGGGGCCACUGUGCUGAAGGGUAUAAAGCAUCCUACGUUAGCCUUAAAAUGACUCACUGAAUGACCUGUAUGGGUUGAUCAGUGGCCCCUUGAAAAAGAAAAUCUGAAUUCUCUUUAAUUGUUGGUUAAAAAACAAUUAAAUCAAGGACAUAUUGAGCCAUCAGCAAGUCCAUGGAACACCCCUGUGUUCGUUAUUAAAAAGAAAUCAGGUAAAUGGAAGUUACUCUAUGACUUAAGAAAAAUUAAUACAGUUAUGGAAAUAUGGGUUCUUUACAGCCUGGAAUGCCAUCUCCUACUAUGAUACCUGCUAGUUGGUACAUUUUGAUUGUCAAUUUAAAAGACUGUUUCUUUACCAUUCCUUUACAUCCUGAUGAUAUCCCAAAGUUUGUAUUUACAGUGCUCUCUGUCAAUCAUGCAGCAAAGAAGGCUUUUUACAGAUUCAGCCAAAAUUGAUGCAAGCACUGCAAGAGUUUGGGUUGCAAAUUGCACCUGAAGAGGUGCAACAACAACCCCCAUGGAAAUACUUAGGAGUUAAAAUGUUAGACUAAACAAUACAGCUACAAACAAUUCAAUUUUCAACCAAGACCCAACAUUAAAUGAUGCACAAAAACUUCUAGGUAUCAUCAACUGGGUAUGACCCUAUUUAGGGUUAACUACCCCACAUUUAUAAUCCUUGUUUAAUAUUCUUAAAGGUGACCCUGAGUUAACUUUCCCAAGUGUUGUGGUUUAACAUAGCUUGUUUUUUAGUUAAAACCUGUUUUGCCCUCCUCCUAAUCCUUAUCUUGCAACAGAAAAUGAGUAAAUAAUUCUAGUGGGUGCACUGGCAUUUGGCCAGUGCUAGACCCACUACAUUAAUUGGUGUGUUGGCUGGAAAACCGGGAUUGGCAAACCAAAACCAUUACACUUAAUUGGUGUUUCUGCCCGGUUACCGAAACCACUACAUCUUUUGGUGGAGAAUGGAUGCAAUUGGUGAAAGCUAUGAGAUAAUGAUUAAUUAGGAGAAAUAAAGGGCAAAGCAAGUAUUAAGUCAUAAGUUUAAAUAGAAUGAUAGUGGAAAAUUUAUAUUGUAAUUUUAGUGAAAGGUCUAGGGGUGGAGAAUUUAGUGUAAGAAUUUAUUUCCUUCUGUUUAAUUUAGUAGUUUUUAUUGUUAUAAGUAGAAGUUGCAUAUUGAAUGUAAUUUUGAUACUUUUUAAAAGUUUAUUCACAGAGACAAGGGGUGAAGAAUGUCAUGGUUUAACAUAGCUUGGUUUUUAGGUAAAGAGAAAAUCCAUCAGUUAUGGAAGUGAUUUUCUGUGAGGACUGCUAACAGCUUUCUCUGGACCCAACAGAACCAAUCAGCUGGCUAGUUUCGAAUAUUGACACCUUGUUAAACCACUUGAGGUAGCUGAACACACCUCUGUGAAAUCACAUUUUAAAAUGAAUAAAAGCUCUCUUGCUUCUGGCUUUUGAACAGGUAACUGGACACUGGCCAGGCCAGGCUGCAUUCCACCACAUGGCCCACAUGACCUGCUAGGGCUGGGCUGGGCCCUGCUCUGCUGCAGCGCUGGCCACACUGUUAAAUCUGAUGGCCCUGCCUAUAUCUCGCAGAAAACUCAUCAAUUCUUGCAAUUAUGGGACAUGUUGCAUCUCACUGGCAUUCCUCAUUACCCUACAGGCCAAGCCAUUGUCGAGCGUGCCCACAGCCCUCUGAAGUGCAUUCUUGAAAAACAAAAAAGGGACAGUGUCUGGUGAAACCCCUCGAAGUAGGGUGGCCAAAGCUCUGUAUACACUGAAUCACCUUAUAAUAUUGCCAAACUCUGAAAACCCUAUUAUUUUAAAUAAUUUUUUGUCAUUGCAGUCCUCUAGUGAUGUCCAGUUGCCGAAGCCUAAGGUAUGGGUAUGGGACCUCAUUACCAGCAAGUGGGAAGGUCCCUGGGACCUUGUCACCUGGGGGCAUGUUUAUGCUUGUGUUUCUACAGGUGCCGGUAUUCGAUGGGUACCUGCCCAGUGUGUGCACCUUGCUCUACCUCUGCUCUGGAUCACAACCAGCAAUGCCUCUCUGACGGCCCCUCAGCUGAUGGCUGUGGAACAGUAACAAUGUUUGGGUAUGGUUGCUCCAUGCAUUGAAUCAGAUGCGAUUUUGCGCAUCUGUGGCACAACCAGAACAACCUUUUCACGCCUGCUUAGUGGGGGUAUCCUUGAAUGGCACACAAAGUAUACAAGUAACACAAAAUGUUGUCAAAAUGCGAUGCUCUUCCAAGAACAAUUGUAAUGCUAAAACCCCCUGUAUGGAACUAUGGGAUGUUUCGGAUGACAAUUUCCCUGUUGCUUUACUUGAACCCCAAGAGUUAGACAUUUUAGGGACAUUAUCAGCAGAAGGAUGUGUAAUUACACACUGCAGCAUGAUAUGUGAGACAGAAUUGGAACAAUAAAGCAAAAUGUUACCCCUGAUAGUUUCUGGAUCAAAUAAUUGGCUUGCUUUGUAGCAAAAAGGGUAAAUGAAGCUUCCUUAAUUUUGAGUGCUUUGGCUAUAGAUGUAGAUAGCAUGCAGCAUGCUAUUGAUUUUUCUUUUGUUAGCUCACGGACAUAGUUGUGAAGAGUUUGAUGGCAUGUGUUAUAUGGAGGAUUUUCUGGGAUAGAUCACUGGCUGGAAGGGUUAAGUUUAUCAAUCUAGGUGAAGAGCCUCAUUCCAACUGGGCUUAUAAUUUUUUGUAUUGCCAUAAUUGUUUUGCUCAUUGUGUCGUUUUUGUUAUUGUGUCUGCAAAAGGCCUGGCAGAGCAUGAUAAAGACAGUCUUUGUAGUUGAAAAACAAAAAGGGGGAACUAUGAUGGCUAACAGCUGGCCUGAAGGCCUCACAGACACAAGUAACCUUGACCUUGACUUGAUCAGCCUGUACCUGUGAGAAAAGGAGGUAAAAAUCUUUAAGGAAGAAAGCACUGGAAAGUGGAAGGACUUAACUGCAAGAACUCGAUGCUGGCCAGUCUCUGGGGAGCGUGUAUGGGGGCAGCUAUUGGCCACUGAACUGGGUGGCAACAAGUCACCAGCCAAUUGUGAACAACACACUGCUUUUCAAAACCAUAUAAAUAUGAGCUGUGAACAAUAAAGAUUGCUAUUGAUGCUUGAA